GGGGCCCGGAGGGGGCGGGGCAUGUGCGUGAGCCGCUCUCUCUCUCUCUCUCUCUUUUGCGGGGAAGAAGAAGGCAGCCAGCGGGCGACGACCCGAAGGAGAACAGGGAGGGCCCCCGACAUCUUGGGGACCGAGGGAGGCUUGGCCGGGGCUGCUUUCCCAGCGUUUGUGAUGGCUCUGGUGAAAAGUGGAUGGCUGUUACGGCAAAGUACUAUAUUAAGGCGCUGGAAGAAGAACUGGUUUGAUCUGUGGUCUCAUGGCCAUUUAUUAUUUUAUGAUGACCAACAUCGACAUGAUCUAGAGGACAGAAUCCACAUGAAAGUUGAUUGCAUCAACGUCAGAGUGGGGAAUGAAUGCCGAGGUCUGCAGCCUCCAGAAGGGAAGUCUAGAGAUUGUUUGCUGCAGAUCAUUUGCCGUGAUGGAAAAGUGCUCAGUCUCUGUGCGGAAAGCGCUGAUGAUUGCUUGGCUUGGAAAAUUGCUCUCCAAGAUGCUAGAACAAAUGAGGCCUAUAUUGGUUCCGAAGUGACAUAUGAAGACAAUUCAAUUUCCUCCGCACCUCCUCCAUAUACAGCUUAUGCUACACCAUCACCUGAGGUUUAUGGCUACCCACAGUAUAAUGGUGCAUAUCCACCUCCAGGACCUCAGGUUAUCUAUACCUCUAAUGGACAAACAUAUAUAAUCCCUUACCAAUAUCCAAAUCAAGGUCCCUAUGGCCAUCCUCCUGCAAAUCAUGUCAUAAUCAGAGAACGUUAUCGGGAUAAUGAUGGAGACCUAGCACUGGGCAUGCUUGCUGGAGCAGCAACGGGAAUGGCCUUGGGCUCAUUGUUCUGGGUGUUCUAAUUUUCCCCAGAAGAAACAAGGCAAGGGAGAUACCAAAUCCUCUGUGUGCAAUAAAGUAUGAAUUUGUAAAGUACUCCAGUUUAAUCUACAGAUUUUAAAACUAAUUUCUAGUAAUACUUUUGCUAGUUACACACUGGAAUCGUAGUUAAGAAAAUGCUCAAUCUUCCCAAAGGUGCACUUUAGCUGCAGAGCGGUUAACCUAAUGAAUUGUGGUUAGAUGGCUUUGUCAGUCCAUGCAUUGAUAAGGAAGUCAUGGUAAUAUCAAUGACACACAUGUUGCUAAUGAGUGGCUGCAGUUGACUGAUUUUUCAAUAUUCACCACCUUGUACAUUAUUUUGGCUGCCUCAGAGUGUCAACUGCAGAGAAUAACUACUAAUGAAUGCAAAAUAUCUCAAGUUUGUUUUAACACUCCUUGUAAAUAAAGAUGUUGAUUUAGUGGACAAUCCAUAGGAUCCAUUUUAUAUUUCCGUAUGUAUGCAACUCCUUCAUUUCAGUGGCUGACUGGAUUAAAAAUAGUUACAUACUUAAUCACUAUAGUGUGUACUGUUUUCUUGUAGACACCCUUUCUAAAGGCUAAGCAGUAAAGACUCUGGGCUUUGUCCACAGAACAUUAACAACUGCAUUAUAAAAGUAGGAAGGCAUUUGAUUAACAUACAAACCAUUCCAACAUUCUAAAAUUUGCUCUUUUAUUUAGCUCUUAAGCCAAAGUUCAAUUGUUCGUUAAUUAGAGUAGACCUAUUGUAUUGAUGGAUCUUACACAAGUGCUGACUUAGCACAUUUCCAUUAAUUGUACAUCUACUCUAGUUUGAGACUAACAAUUGAAUUUAGGCUAUUAUGUAACAGUUAUUGGAGAUAAACUUUAAUGUUGGCCUGGGGGGGGUCUGUGGGUAAACAAUUAUUCAGCAUUUUUAAUAAAUAG